AUGAUAGAUGAGAAGUUGCAAGAGAUGUCGACUAAACCAGGUUUCGCUCAGUCACUGGAUGGAGUCAUUCUGUUUAACCAAAGGAUUUGUGUUCUGAAUAAUGUCGAGCUGAAAAGAAAAGUUUUGGAGGAAGGACAUAAAGGGGCGUUUACUAUACAUUUAGGUUCAUCGAAGAUGUACCAAGAGUUGAAGAAGGAUUAUUGGUGGCCUGGAAUAAAGAGGGAUAUUGCAGAUAUUUCAAUGGAUUUUGCAGUAGGAUUACCUCUUACCCAAGGUGGUUAUGAUUCAAUUUGGGUGAUUGUAGAUCGGUUAACUAAGUUCGCGCACUUCUUGGCCGUGAAGACUACUUACAAGGCAAGUCAUCUUGCAGGGUUGUUCAUUUCAGAAAUUGUUAGGUUGCAUGGUGUUCCAAAAGGUGUUGUGUCCGAUAGAGACCCAAAGUUUACUUCAAGAUUUUGGAAAGCAUUCCAGUAA